GGGUGGGAAGGCCGUCAGCUGUGGGGAGCCAUGAGGGGCGUUAAAUAAAGGGCUGGAGUCGAGCAAAACGAGGGAACACGGCAUGGAGAGUCCGAGGGGUUUUAGAUCGCCGGCGGGCGGUACCUGGGAGGUGCUGCUGGCCGGGCUCCCGGGGGUGUCCUGGGCCCUCGCUGCCAUGGCCAUGCAGAUGCAGCUCGAGACCAGUGCAGACACCUCAGCAGAGGAGGAGAGCUUUGGGCCACAGCUCAUAUCCAGGCUGGAGCAAUGUGGCAUAAAUGCCAAUGAUGUGAAGAAGCUGGAAGAAGCUGGAUUUCACACAGUGGAGGCCGUGGCUUAUGCACCAAAGAAGGAGCUGCUGAAUAUUAAAGGGAUCAGCGAAGCCAAAGCCGACAAAAUCUUGGCUGAGGCAGCCAAAUUGGUUCCCAUGGGCUUCACCACGGCCACAGAAUUCCACCAGCGGCGGUCAGAGAUCAUCCAGAUCACCACUGGCUCCAAAGAGCUGGAUAAGCUGCUUCAAGGAGGAAUAGAAACAGGGUCCAUAACAGAAUUAUUCGGGGAAUUCCGUACUGGGAAGACGCAGCUGUGUCACACCCUGGCCGUCACCUGUCAGCUCCCCAUAGACCGUGGCGGCGGUGAGGGAAAAGCCAUGUACAUCGACACGGAGGGGACCUUCCGUCCAGAGCGGCUCCUGGCCGUGGCUGAAAGGUAUGGCCUUUCUGGCAGCGAUGUCCUGGACAACGUGGCCUAUGCUCGGGGCUUUAACACCGACCACCAGACCCAGCUGCUGUACCAGGCCUCGGCCAUGAUGGCUGAGUCACGGUACGCGCUGCUGAUCGUGGACAGCGCCACGGCCCUGUACCGCACGGAUUACUCGGGAAGGGGGGAGCUCUCCGCCAGGCAGAUGCACCUGGCCAGGUUCCUGCGGAUGCUGCUGCGCCUGGCAGACGAGUUUGGCGUGGCCGUCGUCAUCACGAACCAGGUGGUGGCACAGGUAGACGGAGCCGCCAUGUUUGCUGCAGAUCCCAAAAAGCCCAUCGGAGGCAAUAUCAUUGCUCAUGCUUCCACCACCAGGCUGUACCUGCGGAAAGGCCGAGGUGAGACCAGGAUCUGUAAAAUCUACGACUCUCCGUGUCUUCCUGAGGCUGAAGCCAUGUUUGCUAUCAAUGCCGACGGAGUGGGAGAUGCUAAAGACUGAAAACUCCUUUUCCUGCCCUGAAUCCCAAGACUCUGUGUCUGUAAGAGGCUCCUUUCCUGGUGGCACCUUAGGGAUACUUCCCAAGGCAGCGGGCAGAGGAAGCUGUGGCGUGCCAGCGUGGGAACCAUCGGGACACACGGAGCUCGGCCGCGGCUGUUGGAAGAGA